AAAAAAAAAUGUUUCAACAACCUCCCGCCGCAAACCUAACUCUUCCCCGCCGCGUUGUUCGUCAUCUCUGUCUAAACUCUCCAGUUCUCUUGCUAAUUAACGAUGGAAGGAGGAGGAGGAAGUAGUAGUAGUAGUAGCGCCGCCGUAGCAGGAGGAGGAAUCGUUCCGAAAUCAGCGAUGGAGGCUGUGAAACAAACACUGGCUCUCCUCGAGGAAGUGAAACCGCAGCUCGAGGAGAUGCUGUCUCUAGCGGAGCCAGAGGUUCUUGCACAAAUGCAGCCGUUGAAGCGAGCUAAGGUUAUGUACAUGCUCGCCGAAGCCACCACAACCAUUUUCAAUCUGAGGUUGAGAUGUACGGGCGUUAAUCCCGACGAUCAUCGUGUUAAAUCUGAAAUUGAGAGGCUUGACGUCUACAAAGAGAAGCUUCAACGGUGUACGGACCGAAGCAAAGAACCAUUGCGUCCGACUACAGUCUUAAACCGUCAGGCAGCAACCCGAUUCAUCGAACACUCUCUGCCUGAUCUUUCAUCUGCUCAAAAGCAAAACAUUAGAGACCUCAGCAAAGGAGAGAAAUCAAGGAUGAGGUAUUCGGAAACAAAUGCUAAAAAGAGGAAAUACCAAUCAAAUGAGAAACAACAGUCUGUUCGAUCUGCUGCAAAGGAAUUUCUUGAAAAGGCAGCUCGUGAGCUUAAUGGUAACAACGAUAAUGGUUUGAAGGGCCCUCUAGUGGCGGCAGCUGAUGCUUCAGAUGAUGUUGAAAUGAGUACAGCCUGAAUUUUCCAAAUAUAUUUUAUAUCAUGCUGCUGAUCUUUUUGGAUUGUGUCUCUGCGGCAUUCCUCUUCGUCCUCACCAUCUUUUUUCCGAGAGAAGUUGGUUUUCUCAACUCAUCUUAUCUUUUGAUGGGGUCUUUUAGAAUUCUAUGGACCUACGGUUGGUGUAUGUUGUAGAUUGCAUUUUGUUAGCAACUGAUUUCUCAUAAUCUCUUUAGAAGUUCGUCUAA